AUGGCGCUUUUGAGUGGCCUGUCUUUUGUAAGCCUGCUUUGCUUUACACACGGAUAUUACUAUGUCUCACUUCCAAAAUACGUCUCCCCUGGUACGCCCCUGAACGUAGUAGUCCACGUGACCCAGUCUGGAAGCCCUGUAUCCUUUCUGGCAGAAAUUGUAGCUUCCAACGAUUCAGACGUAGCCAGUGUCCGGAAACGCAUUGUCAAUGAUGUUCCUGAAAGCCUGCAGGUUAUGGUUCCUAGCGACCUUCCCAAAGAUGACUACAAGAUAGUUGUGUCUGGGACUGGUGGACUUUCCUUCCAUAAAGAGGCUAAACUGUCCUAUGAGGAGAACAUUCUUGUCUUUAUUCAGACUGAUAAGACACGUUACUCUGGCGGUCAACAAGUUAAAUAUAGGGCAGUGUUUUUGUUGCCGACUCUUGCGAACUUCAACGGUAGCGCUGUCAUUUCAUUCUACGAUGGCAAUGGAAACAGAAUAGAAUCAAGAGGGCCGACCGCAAUAACAGACGGUGUGAUUGGCGGAGCCCUUGAUUUAAGCAGGGAACCUGUUUUCGGCGAUUGGAAGAUAAAGGUUCAUGUUCAGCAAACAACCGUUUCGAAGCAGUUUAAGGUCUUCGACUACAUUUUGCCGAAGUUUAGUGUUGAACUGACUUUGCCGCAAAACAUGAAAUCAACAGAUCAGAGCAUAACUAUUUCAGUGAAAGCAAGAUAUACGUUUAAUAAAGACGUUAUCGGCACUUGCACCAUUCAGAUAUAUGACGCGGACUACCAGCGAUUCAAUAUGGAUUUUGAACAGGAGAUAAGAGGAACAACACACUUUACUAUUGACAUGCAUGACCUAGAACGGCAUUUCCUUGUGCGUGGGAACAUAAAAAUUCGAGCUUUGGUAACAGACAAUGCAACUGCACUUACAAUGGCUGAAGAAAAAGAUUUAAAAAUCGAUGUACAGAAACAGGAUAAAUGGAAAAUCAAACAAAUAAUCGAUAGGGAAGGAUUUUUACCAGGUCUAACUUAUUCAACGAUCGUACGCCUGACCAACCACGGUGAUGCUCCUAAUAUAUCAGGAGUAUUUAAAUACGCAGCAACAUUUCAUCGAGUUGUUAAAAUGACUUGUCCUGCUGGAUCAUUUCAAAAAGAAACAUUAAACGUGACUUAUACUCAUCUGAAAGGCGCCGCUUCAUACGACACUUCUGGGUUUGCUGUGAUCACAUUCUUGGUACCAUCAGGGCCUAUUGAAAAAAUCGAACUUUUAGUAAGCGAUCGACAUACAGGAGCAAGAAUGUACAAAGACUUGUUCUCGUUUUCAAGACAUUCAUUUCCGCUUCUUCGAGUUUGGACAAACACACCUGAUGCUAUGGUUGGAGAUGUAAUUGAUCUGCGUGUUGAGUCAACAGAAGCCUUGGUUGGAAAUGUCACAUUGGAGUUCUACUCACGUGGAAAGAUGAUACGACUCAUUCAAGAACCUGCCAGCAAUUCAAGGAUAAUAGGUCUUAAUGUUCUGAUAUCAGCAGACAUGUUUCCCCGAUUGUUUCUCAUGGUGUCACACAUAACACAGUCCGGACACAUUCUAUCGGACAAUGUAGUGAUCCAAGUCCAAGGGAAGCCCUUUAUUAACAAGGUGGAAGUAACAUUUAACACAACACUGACCACGCCAAGGCAAACGGUCGAUAUGAAAGUGAAGGCAGAUCAUGGAUCGACGGUUUAUAUAUUAGUUGAGGACGAACGGAAUCGCUUGCUUGGAUCAGACAAUGACAUUUACGCAAAUGAGAUAAUCGACGAAGUUCUUAGAGUAUCUCACAACACGUCUUCCAACCUCGGGCUGAGAGGAGGAUAUGUUGAUAGAGACAGACGCGAGUAUGGCUUGUACGGCGAUACAGAUGACGGUUAUAUGCAAACAGGAUUAAUACUGUUUACAGACGGAACACGCUUUGAACGAUGGAACGCGUAUGAUUUGCUUUUGUUCAGUGGAUUGACCGUAAAUGAUUCUUUUAUUUCUUUACAGCUUAUAUCCAAGGCAAAGUUUGUUAAUUGUCAUCGUAGUACAAACGCGCGCUACGUUUUAUUUUAUCUAGAUAUUAACUUGGGAGCUGUCCUACGAAGUAAGUUUCCAGAAACGUGGAUAUGGGAAACACACACAGUAGGAACAAGUGGAGAAAUUCAUCUGACGCGUGAGGUACCCGACUCGAUGACGUCAUGGAUUACAUCAGUAUUUGCGACAAAUGACCAGAGCAGCUUCGGAAUUGCAGAAAAUAUACCUAAGGUCACUGUACGAAACGAUUUCUUUAUUACGAUGGACCUCCCAGAAACAAUCGUGCAAGGAGAAGAAUUCCUUCUGCAAGUUACUGUAUUCAAUUAUCUUCCAAGUACUCAACAGGUUUCUGUCCAAAUUCAACAUUCGGACGACAUGAAUCAUCCUAUACCGGCUGCAUCUAUUACAAUUGUGGACUCAAUAGGCAACACAAUUGAUAGUUUUAUUCUUCUUUCGUUACAAUUAGAGGUAAAUUCGGGAGAAGGUAAAUCUACUUUUGUACACUUUACUCCAACUACAACUGGGAGGAUAACAAUAACUGCGGAGGCUAGAGCAGGGGAUCUCCUCAGAGCUGCUGCAGUUGAUAAAAUACAAAAACAAGUGACUGUCGUGCCAUAUGGAAUUUUAAAAAGGGAAAACAUUCAGGAACUCGUCAAUUUGACGCAUUUAUCCAGCCAACUGCUCACCGUGUCCCUACAAGACCCACAGCAUAUGGCCCCGGGUAGUAAAACUGUUACAGUUAAGAUGACCGGGAACUUCAUGAAGCCAAGCAUUGAUGGUCUACAGGGGUUGCUGAAAAUGCCGCACGGUUGUGGGGAACAAAAUAUGGUUGACUUUGCACCUGAUGUUUACAUUGCUAAAUAUCUGAAAACGGUUGGAAAGCUUACUAAGGAGAUAGAAGAUAAGGCUGUGCAGCAAGUGAAAUUCGGUUAUCAGAACGAACUUAGAAAUAUGCAUCAGGAUGGCUCAUUCAGUGCUUUUGGGGAACGCGAUCUAUCUGGUAGUGCAUGGUUAACUGCUUUCGUCCUUAAGUGUUUUGGUCAAGCACGCUCAAUAGUAAAAGUAGAUGACCAGGUUUUGUCAAGAUCUAUGGUAUGGCUUCUUGGGCAACAAGAUCAAGACGGGUCCUUCAGAGAACCUGGGACAUCAAUGAGAUGGGUUGACCAAUCAGGAACAAAGACCGGUGUUUCUCACACAGCGUUCAUUUUGAUCGCGAUGCUCGAAAACAGAGGAUUCAAAUUAGUAGCAGAUUCCCGUUUGAAUAAUGCAAUCACGAAGGCAAUGCAUUAUUUGGAGGCCCAGAUCAACGACCCACACGACAUGUACACUGUUGCGGUGUUAUGUUACGCCUUGGCGAAAUCUGGCAGUAGCAUAAGUCCGUCUUGCUUGAACAAAUUACAAACUGGAGCUUUAAACCAAGGUGACAAAACGUAUUGGCAACAUUCUCGGAUGGUAAACAAACGGGCAGACUCGAAAGCGGCGCCGUCACGGGCUCCAUCACGUGAUAUUGAGGCAACAUCUUACGCUCUUCUGACAUAUAGUGAACUCGGAAAACGGAAUGAGGGACGUAAAGUUGUCAACUGGCUUGUGUCACAGAGGAACCCGUCAGGCGGUUUUGCAUCGACUCAGGACACUGUUGUGUCGCUUCAAGCUUUGUCCGAGUUUGCAGCCCGCGAUCCAAUGGCCCCGGGUGCAUUUCCCAACUACGGACUGCAUCUGAACACGACUGGAAACAAUUUCGUGCAUGAAUAUCAGAUAACUCAGGCAACCUACGAUACCACUUAUAGUUUCGAGGUGCCGUCCAACGUGCCGAGCAUAAACAUCUACACAACUGGUGAAGGAGUUGCGGUGAUUGACGUAACGACCUCCUACUAUAUCCAAAGCGACCUGCAAGACCCGCACAUCAGUAUAACUUCAAACAUUAUAAAGGAAUCUCUUAACUCUCUCACUGUACACAACUGCAUGCGUUGGACAGGACCGACGCCUAGCGGUAUGCUGCUUAUGGAAGUCGAAAGGCCAACUGGCUUCAUGACGGAUGUCGACAAACUCAACGUACAAACCAGUAUCAAACGACAGGAAAGGAACGGCCGGUUUCAUGUUCUUUACUUUGAUAGUCUAGCGGUAAAUUCGCAUGUGUGUGUGGAUGUCAAAAUGGAUCGUUCGGACCCUGUUGUGAAAAGCCCAUGUCAUGUGAUGGUAUAUGACUACUAUGAGCCAUCUUACCAAGCUGUUACAACCUACGAGUCAGGGAUUCUAAAAAGCACCACUAUUUGCCAAGUAUGUCCCUUGUGUGAAUGGUGCAAUGAGCUUUCCUUCCCGCAGAUUGGCGUUGGUCGGUAGAGCUCUUCUCAAUUUAAUUGAAAGCUUGGUCAGUGUAAGAAAACUAAAUAAAAUUCCGAAGUUUU